AUGCCCGAGGUGUGCGGUCAUCACCCGUGCACGCCAUGCUACCAGCGCUUUAAUCGCAUUGAAACUGCCGCCGAUUGGGGGAAAUAUGCGGUUUGCGGAUUUUGCAACGAGCCGUCGUACAAAUCAAAGGAUACCACGGACAAUAACACAAACUUGACAAAACAAUGGGAAAAACAGUUUUUCGCCUACCAGCUGAAGCAACGCAAGAGUAUGGCCGCGGAGAUCAGCCAGUUGAAGCAGCUUCUGGAGCUCAAGCAAGUGCGCGAUGGGAUGGCAAGGGUCGAGGCGGUGGAUUUCCAGGUAGCAUUGUCAAAAAAAUGGCAAAGGGAGCGGGACAACAUGAGGGAUUUGAUCGACCAACUGCAGCAACAACUGGAAGAGGCCAGGGCGGAAGCCCGCGAGCUAGCUUUGCAAAACGCAAAUUUAGAGCAGCAAGCUUGCAACCGUACGAAGAUUGUCAUCGACCAAAUUCCGACCAGCUACUCCCUGGACCAAGUCGUCACCACCUUCCUCGAAAGCGGAAAAAAUCUAAUCUUUUGGGAGAACAGCCCCGAUAUGUUGUUGCGAAUGAGCGGUACGGAUAGCCAGUGUUGCAUUGCUUACCUGGACAAUCUAGCGGCAGCCGAACGGAUAGCCAAAACUUGGAAUGGUAUGGUAUUGGAAGGACGAGCGGUUCAAGCUAACUACAGCGCGCUUGGACAAAGACCAUCAGAAAUGUCAACAAGCAGUGCAAAGCCGAACGAAGCAAUAAUGCGAUCAGAAGCAGCAUCUGGUGACGUUACCGCUGAAUCAUCCGAUUUGCAAACUUUGUGCCACCUAUUCAAUUCACUAAAAGAACAAGGGACGGACUUCCGAUCGGUGCUAUGUGUUUGGUGGCUACCCCAGCGCUUGGCAUUCUGGAAUAUUGAUGCCUACUUUGCGAGCAUCGUGCAGUUGCUGGAAUGUGUUACUGUGGAUCUAAAUACGCAGUCCGUUUCUAUGAUACGGCACGAGCAGCUGAGGACGCCACAUGGGUGGAUUCUCUUCCUUUUUCGGUUGGGACAGAAAAGCCCCGAACGGAUCGCAGGCCUCAUCCGUGGUAUUAAAGUCGACGGCUGUUCCCUCAAUUGUGACACUUUUUGGAGCGGUCAAUCGCUACCAGCGCUCGUCAAAAGCUUUCGCGACGAUUGGUUCGAGAUACCGAGGACAGAACAAGUUCGGGAUCUAAUAGCCAAAGCCCGUAACAUCGCGUUUCGACACGGUCCGAUCCUUUGUGUUUGGUGGUUUACGGAGGCAUUUCACCGCAAACGGCUCGAUGUUCUGCUGGCCGGGGCGCGGCAUUGGCUGUUGUGUGAGAAUGGAUUUCCGAAAUUCGAACAGCUCGAUACCGACGAGGGGACCAUAUUAUUCCUGUUCCUUACAAAGAACCCCCAGCUCAAGAAGGUAAAGAAAUUCAUUACGCAAAUAGAAGCCGGCGGAAAACACCUGACUUGUGAGCCCUAUCAAAAAUCAUCAUAUAUCAAAGACUUCAUCGCGAAAAAGUAUAAUCUA